GAAGGUCUCCAGGGAGAAUCAAACUACCACGUCUGCAGAGGGGAGAGGGAGAGAGAGAGAGAGAGAGAGAAAGAGAGAGAGAGGGAGGAUCAAAAUAAGCCGACUGGAGGAUAGGGAAGAGGAGGACAGGAGGAGUUUCAUGAAAACAAAGUCGGUUGCAACAUCUGGAGCAAAGCGCAAAGCAGAAUUUGGACAUAAAAUACUCACAGCUUGCCGCUCCACAGUCCUCUUUUUUCAGCAGACUUCCUGCUUCCAGUAACGUCCGAUAAAUCUGGCGACCAUUCACCAAAAAAAACCGCGAUAAGAAUGCACAAAGUGGGACCAGUACUUUUAUUAGUUUAACUGACUCCACUAACAAGCUGCACAUUUGCUUUUCUUGAUUUCUACUUUUGCGCAAAGCUUGAUUUCCCCCCGGAAAUUCGCGCAUGGGAUAACUUUUUUUCACGCAUGAUGCUCUGACAAAAAGCAAAGAAAAGACUGUGCGAGCUGCUGCAGGGACAUCUGCCUAUUUUUUUUAAACCCAACUUUUCUUUUCUUUUUUUUGUGAGAGUCCAGUGAUGGCACCAGAGCUGAAAUCUCUUGUCCGGCUGCUGCUGCUGGCGGUGGUUUGGGAGCUGAGCGCACAGGGGGCCACGGAGCGACAGAUGAACCCAGAGUCAUGGCUGCAACAGUAUGGUUACCUGCCUCCAGGAGACUUGAGGACUCACGCCCUCCGCUCCCCUCACUCCGUCUCCUCAGCCAUCGCCGCCAUGCAGAGGUUCUACGGCCUCACCAUCACUGGCACCUUUGACGACAACACCAUUGAGGCGAUGAAUCGACCUCGCUGUGGCGUUCCUGAUAAGUUUGGUGCUGAACUCAAGAGCAACCUGAGGAGGAAGCGGUACGCCAUCCAGGGCCUGAAGUGGAACAAGAGAGAGAUCACGUUCUCUAUACAGAACUACACUCCGAAGGUGGGUGAGUACGAGACCCAUGAAGCCAUCAGGAAGGCCUUCAAGGUGUGGGAGAGCGUCACCCCGCUUCGUUUCCGGGAAAUUCCCUACAGCUACAUCCGUGACAAGGUGGAAGAGUUUGCCGACAUCAUGCUCUUCUUCGCAGAGGGUUUCCAUGGUGACAGCAGCCCUUUCGAUGGUGAGGGGGGAUUCCUGGCACACGCCUACUUUCCCGGUAUUGGCAUCGGUGGAGACACCCACUUCGAUGCAGCCGAGCCGUGGACGAUUGGAAACCAGGAUCUGUUAGGUAAUGAUGUAUUCCUUGUUGCGGUGCAUGAACUGGGUCAUGCUUUGGGUCUUGAGCACUCCAAUGAUCCCUCAGCCAUCAUGGCUCCUUUCUACCAGUGGAUGGACACAGAGAACUUCCAGCUUCCUGACGACGACCGCAGAGGCAUACAGCAACUUUAUGGGUCUGGAUCAGGCCCUCAGCCCCCUCCUGUAACACCACGUCCGCCUUACCACAACCCCCAACCCACAAACGCACCAGACAAGCCUCGCUUUGGCCCCAACAUCUGUGACGGGCACUUUGACACCAUUGCCAUCCUCAGAGGAGAAAUGUUUGUGUUCAAGGAUAAGUGGUUCUGGCGAGUACGUAACAACCAUGUGCUGGAUGGAUACCCCAUGCCAAUUGGUCACUUCUGGAGGGGAUUGCCCACUCAUAUUAAUGCUGCUUUUGAAAGGGAAGACGGGAAAUUUGCUUUCUUUAAAGGGGACAGGUAUUGGGUGUUCAGUGAAUCUAUUCUGGACUCUGGAUACCCUAAGAGUCUUAAAGAAAUGGGCAGUGGGCUUCCCAAAGAUCGGAUAGACGCUGCUCUUUUCUAUACUCCCACUGGACAGACAUUUUACUUCAGAGCAAACAAGUAUUACCGUUUCAAUGAAGAAUCCCAAUCAGUUGACGAUGGCUAUCCAAAAUCUGUUAGUAUAUGGCAAGGCGUUCCUGACAAUAUCAAGGCCACCUUCAUGAGUAAAGACCAAGCAUACACCUACUUCUACAAAGCCAACAAAUACUGGAAAUUCAACAACCAGGUGAUGCGCGUGGAGCCCGGAUACCCAAAAUCAGCCCUUCGUGACUGGAUGGGAUGCCCCAACGAAGACCCGAAGACGGACGGAGGUCGAGGUGGAGGACACGACAAGGACAAGGAGAGGGACAAGGAGAGGGAGAGGGAGAGGGAGAAGGAGAGGGACAGAGAGGACAAGGACAGAACUAGAGACAAAGACAGGGGGAGAGAGAGGGAGGAGGACCAAGACAGGGAGGAUAGAGACAGAGUGAUUGAGGAGGACAUCGAUGUGACCAUUAUUAAGACAGGGGAAGGCAGUGGAGCGGCGGCGGUGGUCGUGCCGCUCUUCCUGUUAGUGUGUGUGAUCGCGGUGCUGGCAGCCCUGGUGUUUUUCCGUCGGUACGGUACCCCACGCCGACUCCUCUACUGCCAACGAUCUCUACUGGACAAGGUGUAGACGGAGGAGGAGGAGGGGAGGUAGAGAGGAGAGGAAGACGGGGAGCGAAAGAAAAGAAAAAUUGGGAGAAAAUGUGUAACGGAGGUAACAGAGCAGGAGGUGAAACAGGAGAAAGAGCGGAAGGAGAAGUGCCAGACUUGCAUUUUAAAAUAUUCUUACCACUGCCAGAUUCCUUUUACUCUUUAUCUCUGAACCACUCAGUCCUUCCAUGUUUUCUUUCUUUCCUCUCCAUUCUGUCUCGGCCUCUCUUCUCGCGGUUACUGACGCCAGCUCAUUGCUGUUUGUUUUAGCCUUUUUCAAUGUCAUAUUUUUAGUUUAUGUCAGUGGUCAGUUUGUGUCCUUGGAAUUUCCACUUUGAACCUGCAUCUUUUCGACGCUUGUUUCAGCGUGUUUCUUUGCAAAAGCAAACGGCGUCUUUGAUUGUUCAUUUCCCCCACCAACCCCCGCCACAUUAACAUGCACACAGUCCCAUAAAAACACACACACAUAUGGAAACCACAGUGGCACAGUCAUUGUGUUUCCUAAUCUUCCAGUAAAACGACAUGUCAGAGCCUGUGCAGACCAUAAAAGGGAAACAAAACAUAACCCUGCAUCCUUAUGAAGCAUGAGAAACGCUCAUAUCAGACGAGAGCAAUGAAUACAACUGUGUCCUCUCCUUUUACAUUAAUGUCUUUAGUGUUGAUUAUUAUUAUAAGUGAUGCUGUCAUUACUAUUAUGACUAUUACUAUUAUUGUUGUUGUUGUUCUCCGUGUAAAGAAUGUUUUUUGUAUAUUGUCAUUAAAAAGUCCUGCUGGACAGUGACAUACAGUUUUGAAAGUGGCCUUUAAUUUUAUAUGUGGGGACAGUGAAUGGGGAAAGGGGUUAUGUAUUCUUGAAACUUGAUUGUUCUUUUUUUAUACCUUGAAUCCAACUCAAAUGAAAAUAAAUCAAAGAUCUGAAAAUGA